UCAACGAAUUCAGUAGUUCUCGUCGAAGUGUUAACGAAUAAUCAUGUUUGUCAAAAUUACUAUUUUAUCUGUUAUAGCGACUUUAUAUCUGUGCAAUGUUGCUGCUGGUGCUGAUGUAGAUUGCAGUAAGCGUCCUGAACGUAUGAAUCCUAAAACAUGCUGUCCAGUUCCUGACCUAAUUACCAGUGAAAUAAAAGAAAAAUGCAAGCAGUAUGGAGGUUCAUCAUCUGAAUCUACAGAGACAAGUAACGAAUCGAGUAGCUCCAGUUCUUCAUCGAGACCGCGUCCACCACACCAUCAUCAUCACCAUCAUCCGUGCUUUAUGUCAUGUGCGGUUAACGAAACUGGCAUCAUGAACGAGAACACAGUCGAUGAGGCUAAACUGCAAAAUUAUCUCACCUCAGUUGUUAAAGUUCAAAGUGAAAUGGUACCAAUAAUCACAGCCGCAUUCAAAACCUGUGCCGCAAGAGGUGAAGAAUUUAAAGCCAAAAUGAAGAAUAACCCACGUCCAUCGCCACCACCUGGUGACCGCUUGGCACGUUGCAAUCCUGGUUCAGGCAUGAUUAUGAUGUGUGUUUUCGGUGAAACAAUGGAUAAUUGUCCAUCUUCCAUAUGGAACAACACUCAACAAUGCAAUGAUAUGCGUGACUUUAUGAAAAGCUGCAAACCAAAACCUGGUAUGCCACCAAAAGCUCAAUAGAUAAUGGAUGUACUCGCAUAGGAAAUAUUUUAGAAUUUGUGAAAGUAAAAAUAUUUGAUGAUUGAAUGUUUUACGAAAUU